AUGGAAGGAGGGGAGAGAGCUGAGUGUGUAAAGUCUGCGCUUCGUUUUCCCUCCUGCUGGAAAUGAUAAUGGGUUCCACAUUGUCCUGUUGGAGCAGAGAGGUCGCUCCACCCAUGUCGUCAGCGCAGCACUGACCUCACUCCCUGUACUCGCCGCUGGGACUUGAGCUUGUUUUUCAUCAGAAACUGGACUCUUCCUUGAGAACAAGAGAAAACAUUCUCUAAGAGCAGCACCAGCCAGCGCCCCACACCCUCGCUGUCCGAGCCCUGCGCUUUCCCCAAGUAUUUGUGUCACAGAGGAGCGAAUGGAGCAGAAGAGGCCGGUCGCACUUCCAGAAAAACAGAUCUUGUUACCCAGGGCGUGCUCCGCCCGGUCGGAUUUUCCUGCACUCCCCUUGGCCUUUUAAAAAACGAGUCCAUCCCAUUCUCACAAACAGGCCAGGCUCCGCCUUCUGGGAUUCGGAAGCGGGCAGCGUGUGAACAAGUGGGCACCCUCUGGUCUGGCCAAGGGAGGAUGACCAAACGGAGAGAAAUGCUUUCUGAAAAUCCCAAAACAGAUAAGGUCACGGCCUCCCCACAUCCUUUGGCCGAAGCCCGCGGUCCUCAUCCAUGAAGCCUCACCCACCAUGUUUUAUGGGACGCACUUCAUCAUGUCCCCGCCCACCAAGAGCAAACUGAAGCGGCAGAGCCAGCUGUUGUCCAGCAUGCUGUCCCGGACGCUGAGCUACAAGUACCGGGACCUGGACUCCACCUUCUCCAGCCUGGGCGCCAGCGACGACCCCGCCGAGCUCUCCACCCAGCUCUCGGCCCCUGGUGUCCUGAAGGUGUUUGGGGACAGUGUCUGCACAGGAACCCACUACAAGAGCGUCCUGGCCACCGGCACCUCCAGCGCCCGUGAGCUGGUGAAGGAGGCGCUGGAGCGGUACGCCCUGGACCCCAGGCAGGCCGGCCAGUACGUGCUGUGUGACGUGGUGGGCCAAGCCGGCGAUGCCGGGCAGCGGUGGCAGGCCCGGUGCUUUCGGGUGUUUGGGGACAGUGAGAAGCCCCUCUUGAUCCAGGAAUUAUGGAAACCCCGAGAAGGUUUAUCCCGGAGGUUUGAGCUGAGGAAGAGGUCAGACGUGGAGGAGCUGGCAGCCAAGGAGGUGGACACCAUCACAGCAGGGAUAAACGCCCAGGCCCGGAGGCUGCAGCGGAGUCGCGCAAAGGGAACCCCGGCCCUGGCCCUGGGGGAUGCCCGGAGCUCCCCUCCACCCCGGUUGCGCCGCACAGUCAGUGAGACCAGCCUGAGCCCAGUGAACGCCCUGCCCGCUGCUGCCCAGGGCCCGGAGGAGCCCGGCCCGGACACCAUGCGGUACUCGCUGUACCAGUCCCCACAUCUGCUCCUUCUGCAGGGCUACAGCCAGCAGCACGACAGCCUGGUGUAUGUGCUCAACCGGGACCGGCACACGGUGGGCCAGCGGACCCCCUCCAGCAAGCCCAGCAUCAGCCUCUCAGCCCCCGACAUCCUGCCUCUGCACUGCACCAUCCGCCGGCAACCGCUCCCGGACAGCGGCCAGGCCGGGGGGAGGCUGGUCCUGGAGCCCAUCCCCGGGGCGCCCAUCUCCGUCAACUUCUCCGAGGUGGGGCACAGGACCGUGGUGCUGCACCACGGGGACCUGCUCUCCCUGGGGCUCUACUACCUGCUGCUAUUCAAGGACCCCGCGCAGGCCCAGCCCCUGCCCGCCCGGGCCUUGGCGCGCCUCCGGGCUGUGCCGCAGAGCUGCCGGCUGUGCGGGGCCGCGCUCGGGGCCCGGGGAGCCGCCUCUCCUACUCAGGCCACCCUGCCCCGGCGCCAGCAGCUGCUCCUGGAGUUUGAGCCCCACCUGGAGGACACGCUGCUGCAGAGGAUCAUGACGUUGAUCGAGCCGGGGGGCGACGACCACAAGCUGACCCCCGCCUUCCUCCUGUGCCUCUGCAUCCAGCACUCGGCCACCCACUUCCAGCCGGGCACAUUCGGGCAACUCCUGCUCAAGAUAGCCAGGCGGAUCCGCGAGACUGUCUGGGAGAAAACCAAAGAACUAGCAGAGAAGCAGGCGCAACUCCAGGAGCCCAUCUCGCUGGCCAGCUGCGCCAUGGCUGAUCUGGUUCCAGACUUGCAGCCCAUUCUUUUCUGGAUGUCUAACUCCAUCGAGCUCCUGUACUUUAUCCAGCAGAAAUGCCCACUCUACAUGCAGAGCAUGGAGGAGCAGCUGGACAUCACAGCAGGCUCGAAGGAAUCGCUGUUCUCCUGCACGCUGACGGCCAGCGAGGAGGCCAUGGCGGUGCUGGAGGAGGUGGUGCUGUACGCCUUCCAGCAGUGCGUCUACUAUGUCUCCAAGUCCCUGUACAUCUGCCUCCCGGCACUCCUGGAGUGCCCACCAUUCCAGACGGAGCGCCGUGAGAGCUGGUCCUCGGCCCCCGAACUGCCCGAGGAGCUGCGCCGCGUGGUGUCCGUGUACCAGGCAGCCCUGGACCUCCUGCGGCAGCUGCAGGUGCACCCCGAGGUGGCCUCACAGAUGCUCGCCUACCUCUUCUUCUUCUCCGGGACACUGCUUCUCAACCAGCUCCUCGACAGGGGCCCCUCCCUGAGCUGCUUCCACUGGCCCAGAGGUGUCCAGGCCUGCGCCCGCCUGCAGCAGCUCCUGGAGUGGAUGCGGAGCGCUGGCUUCGGGGCGGCUGGAGAGCACUUCUUCCAGAAGCUCUCCUGCACCCUCAACCUGCUGGCCACGCCCAGGGCCCAGCUCAUCCAGAUGAGCUGGACAGCCCUGCGGGCUGCGUUCCCCGCCCUGAGCCCAGCACAGCUGCACCGGCUGCUGACUCACUACCAGCUGGCCUCAGCCAUGGGCCCCAUGAGCGCCUGGGAGCCAGGGGCCCAGGACAGCCCUGAGGCCUUCAGGUCAGAGGAUGUUCUGGAGUCCUACGAAAACCCCCCACCCAUCAUCCUGCCCAGCGAGGGCUUCCAGGUGGACUUGGAAGCCGACUGCCUGGACGACAGCAUCUACCAGCACCUGCUCUACGUCCGCCACUUUCUGUGGGGUCUGCGGAGCAGAGCCAGCCCCGGCAGCCCUGGCAGCCCUGGCAGCCCUGGCAGUGGGGCCUCCCAGCCAGUGUGCCCCGAGGGUAUGCACCACGUGGUCCUUGACGGGCACCCGGAGGCCCCGAGCUGCCCCCUGGCUCCCAGGGACCCUGGCCUAGCAGCCCGGGAAGCGGCCUCGGAGCGUACUCUUCCCUUCAGGGGAGUUCCCUGGGCACAGGCACCCCCUGGAAGGCAACCCGGCCGUGGGGGCUCCCAGGCUGGCCCCCCGCACACGGACUCGUCCUGCUUGCUCACGCCUCCCAGCACUCCACUUGUCCCUGAGCCUGGGGACCCCGACUGGCCAGAGUCCGGCGGCCCCUGUGGAAAAGCGCUCCCAGAGAGGCAGAGGAACGGACCCAGCGGCCUCCAGGGUGCAGCUCCGGAAGGAGACUCUGCAGCCCUUGCGGACGAAUCCCCUCCAGCCCUGUCCAGCCGCAGCUCCAGCACCGAGGACUUCUGCUACGUCUUCACGGUGGAGCUGGAACGAGGCCCCUCCGGGCUGGGGAUGGGCCUGAUCGACGGGAUGCACACGCGCCUGGGCGCCCCCGGGCUCUACAUCCAGACCCUGCUCCCGGGCAGCCCUGCAGCGGCCGACGGGCGCCUGUCGCUGGGGGACCGUAUCCUGGAGGUGAACGGCAGCAGCCUCCUGGGCGUUGGCUACCUGAGAGCCGUGGACCUGAUCCGUCAUGGCGGGAAGAAGAUGAGGUUCCUGGUCGCCAAGUCCGACGUAGAAACAGCCAAGAAGAUCCAUUUCCGCACGCCCCCUCUCUAGGGGGGCUGCGAGGACACCCCCACAGGCCCGGCACCCGGUCCCACCUGGUGACACUGGGCUUCCUCCCGCCUUCAUCCCUGUUUUGUAACUGACGAAGUUGGGUCCCGGGUGGGGAGCCUCACCCUGGAGACACGCCUGUUGAUAACAUGCAUCUCAGUGUAGGUUCUAUUUAUAUGGCAGAUGACGUGAAGUUGUGAUGUUUGUUACAGAGCUUUUAUGUUUAAAGACUUUAAUGGAGAAGUACGGUUCAAUAAACUAUUUUUCCCGUUCUUA